UGCAGCGGAAGCGGGAAGGGCGCGUUCAGGGACCUGAUGACGUACAGGAAAGGGCCGGUCCAAUGGGGUGUUGACGUUUCCGCAGGUUUUCAACACCGCUGCUUCUCAGUACACAUUGUCUGCAGUUUUAUCAUCGCACAGUUUACAACCUGCUCCACUAGCCCGGAUUUGUGUGCGUUUGUGGUUUGCAUGAAUCUAUCUGCGUCGCCAUAGACCGUGUUUUCCUCAGCUUUAGUUUAGUUGAGUUGAGUUAAGCGACUCUUCCGACAUAAUUCGAGCAUUAGGGUUCAGCAAGAUGGAGUCAGCGGCCCGGUGCUUCCUGGAGAAACUGGUGGAGGAGUUCCCAGCUGCUCUGGAGGAAGGUGGUGUGCUCCCUGUCAGCCCUCUGAGCCGCAAAGUCUCAAUAGAAGAGCUGCAUGGGGAGAGCCUAGAACUGGGCCUGAGGCUUCUGUCUGCCAGGGGUUCUCCUGCAUGCCUUAGUGCCCUCCUGUGCCAAGAAGCAGUGUCCCAGCUGCUGCAGAAGGACCUUUCACCCUUCCAAAUUCCCCAGGAAGCUGAGGGUAACCAGGAAGAGGAGCAAACUGAAGUCUUACUGCAGUCGGAGGCAGUCCAACUUCUGUUCCUCAACCAGCUGAUAGGUGUAGCUCAUGCCUGGCACCAAAACCUUCCCAAGCUGCCCCCAUCCCCCUCUUGCAUCACCCACUGCUCUGUCCAUGCCAUCAAGAACACAAGGAGGAAGAUGGAGGACAAACAUGUGGCCUUAGCAGAGUUCAACCAUCUCUUUGGAAUCCAGGAUGGAGCAGACCGUGCCUACUAUGCUGUAUUUGACGGCCAUGGAGGGGUGGAGGCUGCCGCCUACGCUGCCACCCAUCUCCAUGUGGCUCUGGGUAAACUGGAGAUUCUGCAGAGUGACACAGCUACAGCACUUAAAUCUGCUUUCAUACGCACAGAUGACAUGUUUAGACGCAAAGCCAAAAGAGAGCGUCUGCGAAGCGGCAGCACAGGAGUGGUGGUGCUGAUCCAGGGUCAGGAGCUGGCCGUGGCUUGGCUGGGAGACUCACAGGCAAUACUGGUCAGAAAAGGACAAGUUGUUACACUCAUGGACCCCCAUAAACCAGAAAGAGAGGAUGAGAAACAGAGAAUUGAAGAUCUCGGUGGCUGUCUUACCUUCAUGGGUUGCUGGCGUGUUAAUGGCACCUAUGCUGUGUCCAGGGCCAUAGGUGACUUUGACCAGAAGCCCUAUGUAUCUGGAGAUGCUGACUGCUCAACAACCCCACUGUGGGGAGAUGAGGACUAUGUGUUGCUGGCGUGUGAUGGUUUCUUUGACACCGUCAAGCAUUCAGAGGUUCCUCAACUGGUUCUGGAUGCACUCCAGCAUGCUGGUGACUCAGAAGGAGGAGGAGAUGCUUCACUCGAACAGGCAGAGGGUGCUGUUGGGUCAAGAGUCGCUCAGCACUUGGUAAGUCACGCAAAAGCAGCUGGUUCUAGUGAUAACAUCACAGUGAUGCUGGUGUUCCUGCGUCCACUGGAGCAGCUGCUGGUUCAACAAUCCACAACAGGGACUGUAUAAGAUACUCAGGACUCCCCUUCCCGAGAUGCUUCACAGCAGGAGGAGGUCAGCUGCCCAGAUAUCACUGUGUGCCAAGGUACUGCCUGACUCAUCAUUUUUCAGCCUGUAGAUGCUGACAGACAUCCUGCAACUGAGCUCAUUUCAUUGUAACCUACUCAUGAAUUAAAGCUGAUUUAACUGCACUGGAUCUGUGAUGCAAUGUGAUGCACAUUGGAUGUGGAUUUAUGUGUAAUUCUAUGUUUGGAAGGACUUGUUUAUGGUCACCAUUGUUGUGAGGACAUUUUGUCUGGUCCUCACUUCUUUAAUUGCCAGUUGUGUGGUUCUGUCUGUGUGUGUGUGUGUGUGUGUAUGCACACGUGUAAUAAUAAUGUUGUGGUUUUAAUAUCAGUGUUAUUUUUCUCUACAUAUGGUUUUGUUUUGUUUAGCCAUUUUCCACUGACAUGAAAUAUACAGCUGUUACAAUACAAAAGUAGCACGACAUUCUGAAUGAAUGCAGUUUUUUUUUUUAAGUUCUUCUCUUAAAAGAGUUUGUCAUCUUUUUUCACUUUUUGUGGCUCAGUAGGUAGAGCGGGUUGUUCUGAUCCCCAGAAAGUGCCAUAUGCCCAAGUGUCCUUGAGCAAGACACUGAACCCCCAGUUGCUCCCAGUGCAACUGCUGUGUGAAUGUGUGUGUGCUUGUGUGAAUGUAUGGGUGGAUGUGUCUCUGACUGUAAAAGCGCUUUGAGUACCAAUAGGUAGAAAAGUGCUACAUAAAAGCAAGACCAUAUAUAAUCUAACUGAGUGACUUUGAAUUAUGCUAUAAUGGUCUGAAUUCUCAACACCCAGUAGUGAGAUUCAGUCACUGCAGAAUACUCACUGUUAAGUAAUUAAAUGGUUUGAAACUGUGUUGCUCUCAUUUCCAAAACCAGCUUCUUAAUCACUGCUAAAGAUUUAAAGGAUCCAAGAGUUUAAGACUUUAAGUUUGACUUAAGUUUUAAAAGUCACUUGAUAUGACUUACCAUUUGCUCUAACCUGAAAAGAUGCUGUAAUAUUUGUUAGAGCAUGUCAACACAGAUUAAUUAAUUUCUUACACCAUGAUUCAUGUUGAAGACUAUUAUAAAAGACAGCAUCCAGCAGACACUGCUUCAACAUGUAUGGAAUCCAGUGCUAUACACUUUUCAAGCCACAUACAUGUAAAUGCAGAUUGUAUGAGUACAUUUUAUAUAUUUAAUGUUGUAAUUAAAAUACCGCAAAGUAUUCAGUAGUGAUUAUAUCUCAUUAAGGUUGUGCUCUUUGUCCAUACUCUCUUUUAAACUGUAAAAACUGUCUGUUACAUUAUACAUUUGUGUCAUUGUGUCAUUCUACCAUUAGUGUCAAAGUAUAUGAGCUGCAGGGAAAAUACACAGGACACAAGAAUCCCAAAUACAGUAUUUCUGCAGGUCAACCAACUCCAUGUGCCUGUCAUAGUGACGUGAGGGGAUUAUUGUCUCACCGUUAAGUAUCACUUGGUAAUGAUGUCUUACUGAGAACACAAUCUGUAAAGACUUGAGGACUGAAUGAUUGAAUGAGGAUUUAUAUACUGUCUGUAUAUUGAUAUUGUGUAUCACCCAUAUGCUGUUUUGCUGUGUUUUAUCAAUGACUGAAUAAAAAGCAAUGAGAACCUCA